UCCUCUCUCUCUCUCCGUCGCUCGCGAUUGAGAUGCUCCUCGACUCGAGUUGGCGGAGGUCGGUGGUGGUCGGCGCGGUCGGACGGUCGCAGGGGAGGCAGACGAGGUGAGGACGAAGCGGUCGAAGGGAGGAGGACUGUUGGAAAAGGGGAUCGAAAGGAGACGAAAGGAAACGAUUCGAGGAGGAACGAGGGGAUUCCUAGGAGAGAGAGGAAGAGAGGGAGAGGGAGAGAGGGAGAGAGAAGCACGUACCGCGCGCCGGUGGCGAUGAUGCGUGCCUCCGAGGACGCGUAGCGGCGGUCAUGCCGCGCGAUUCGAGCCGAUAUCAUCCUCGUCGUCGUCGCCGUCGUCGUCGUCGUCGCUCAACCAACGUCCAAUCGCGGAGGAUCGUGGCCGACGUAAGGUCGAGGUCGUGGUGGUUGCUGGUAAGAAAAGCGGAAACAUGAGCUCGAUCGACUUCGACGAGGUGUUGGUGCACGUGGGCGAGAAGGGAAAAUAUCAGAAUAUCAUGUACUAUCUCCUCUGCAUAUCGGCCACUCUUCCAGCCGCUUUUCUGGCCUUCUCCCAAGGAGCUGGGAGCUUCACGUUUAAAACGAUUUUGAUCGAACGAUUGGCAGGUGUUCGUGAGCGCGUCCCCGGAGCAUUGGUGCAGGAUCCCCGAGCUCGAGAAUUUGACCGAUCUGAUGACGUUGGAGGAGCGGAAGGCGCUGUCGUUGCCCUACGUGGAGAAAUCGGACGGGAAGGUGAAGAAGUACGAGAAGUGCAAGAUGUACGACGUGAAUUACACGGCGAUCGUCGAGUCGUGGCUGGGGAACGCGAGCAGGGAGGAGGGCGAGGACGAGGCGAGAUCGACGAGGACCCGAUUGCCGCCUCCGCCGGUCGGCAACCCGGAUUGGCCGGUCACCAAGUGUCGACACGGCUGGAUCUACGACAACCGGGACUACGACAGCACCCUGGUCACCGAGACUUGGUAUGCGACAACAGCUGGUGGCCUUCCACCUCUACGACCUUCUUCUACGUCGGCAGCCUGUUUGGGAACGUGGUGUUUGGCUGGAUCGCGGACAAAUGGGGCAGAAGGACGGCCUUCUUCGCUAUACUGUUCCUCGAGGUCAUAUUCUCGAUCGCCACCAGCUUCAGUCCCAACUACGUCAUCUACACAGCGCUCAGGACCGUGAACGGCCUCUCUUUUCCAGCCAUCUAUCAAAUACCUUUUAUACUAGCGCUGGAAUUGAUGGGGCCGAGAUACAGAACGUUCGCCGGGAUGGUGAUUUGCAUGUUCUUCGCGUCGGCGAUGUCUCUUCUGGCCGUGCUGGGCUAUUUGCUCAGGCACUGGUUCACCCUUUCUUUGGCAACCUCCGUCCCCUUCGUUCUGCUCUUCAGCUACUACUGGAUCAUUCCGGAAUCGCCGCGAUGGCUGCUCAGCAAGAACAGGAUAGACGAGGCGGAGGUGAUCGUUCAACGAAUGGCGAAGAUCAACGGGAAAACGGUGCCGAACAAUUUUCUUCGAAAGAUGGAGGUGGAGAUAUUGCGGAGGCAGGGGAUAUCUUGCAACGGGACGAAUUCGGGGGACGGAUCGGGGGAACCCGAUCGCGAGAACGAGGACAGAUCGCCUCCACCCGCGGCCACGCCUAUGGAUUUGAUCAGAAAUCCGAACAUCAGGAAGAAGUUCUUCAUCCUGGCGUUCGACUGGGUGGCGAACGCGGUCGUCUAUAACGGGCUGUCGUACAACGCGACCAACCUCGGCGUCUCCGAUUAUCUGGCCUUCUUCAUCGGCGGACUCGUGGAAAUACCGUCGUACGUGAUCACGUGGUACGCGAUGGAUCGAUUAGGGAGGAGAUGGGUGUUGUGUCUGACCAUGCUUUUAGGCGGCCUCGCUUGCGUCUCUUGCAUGUUCGUUCCCGAAGACGCCGUAUGGGUGACGGUGUCACUGGCCAUGAUCGGGAAAUUCGGUAUCGCCGCCUCGUUCGCCGUGUUCUACGUGUUCGUCGGGGAAUUGUUGCCGACCGUGUUGAGGUCGCAAGCGAUGGGGAUUGCCUCGUUCAUAGCUGGCAUCGGUCUCCUCGCUUUCCCGUACAUCGUCCAUCUGGCGGUCUACUCGAGAGUCCUGCCGCUGAUCAUAAUGGGCACGCUGAGCGUGGCAGGCGCCCUCACCUCCAUCUUCCUUCCAGAAACGCUCAACAUCCAUUUGCCUCAAACGAUCGAGGAAGGCGAGUUGUUCGGCGCCGAUUUCAAGCUCUGGUCCUGUCCAACGUUGCCAAGAAGAGAAAACUCGGACUCGGAGGAAAAGUCGGAAUCGAUGCCGCUCAGGUUCCUGGUGAACGGUCGGCCGGGAAAUCCUUCGUUGGCAGCACCCGCGUUGCAGGAAGAGUCGACGAGCUCGGCUGCGACGACCACCGCAAACGAGACGGAAGCGGACAACUCUCGUCCCGUCGUUCAGCGCGCGAGUAUCCCGACGGAUAGUGGAGUGGUGGAGGUCGCCACCUGUGCCGAGAAAAGAUUCGACGAUCCAUUGGCCGUGGUCGUUAUCGAGCGAGGAAGAACGCAGUGAAUCGCGGACUGUUCGCCGUUCCUGUCGAGAUUAUUCGUUGCCUCUACCGUGCACGGUAGAUACACUCGAUCUACCAACGCGUUAAUGUGUAAUAACGCGUCUAAUUACGUGUUUGAAAAAUACUAUGUUCCGUUCCCGUUUCUUCGUUCCCGUUCGUUCGCGAUUUCUCUGAAUUUCGAUCGAUAACCCCUCCCCCUCAUCAGCGGAUAGACGAGGCGAGAGUGCGAGAGAAAGAAAGAGAGAGAAAGAGAGAGUAGAAAAGGAAAAGGAACGGAAUCAUGGCUAGACGCGAUCCUUCGCGUCUCCAAGGAGAAACGGACGUUCGUCUGUUUCUGUUUGCCCGAAACGCUUUUGGUAGAUAGAUACCAUCGAGUCGAGGAUCCACGGAUUUUUACCUCGUCCUUGGGUGUCCCACGGACCACCUAUGCGGAUGCUCGAUUGAAAUUUCUGUCUUGGUCUGGCCGUAGUUGAAAUUUUCGUGCCGUUUUUUCCUUCCGUUUGCCGUUACAAAAAUGCGGGAAAUCGUGCAUAUCCAAGCUGGACAAUGUGGCAACCAAAUUGGUGCCAAGGUCAGUACUCGCGUAUAUACGCUUCGAUAAACAUAUAUAUAUAUGUAUAUAUAGAUACACUUACUCGCGCGAAUUCUCUUCUUCUAUUCUCUCGAGGGGGAGGCGGAAAUCGGACGUUCACGGUUUAAAACGCGCACAGUUCGUCGAAUUGUCGGGUGUCGGUGAUCGAUUAUCGGUAAGGAGGUGAACUAACCUUUCGCGGCCGUUACCUUCGCGUCCGUGUCUCUCUGGGUUGGGAAUUUUUCACCACCUUUUUCCAGACCAAUCUUCCGUUAUAAUUUUCAAUAACGACAGUUCUGGGAGGUGAUCUCGGACGAGCAUGGCAUCGACCCAUCCGGUACCUAUCACGGAGACUCGGACCUACAACUGGAAAGGAUCAACGUGUACUACAACGAGGCGUCAGGCGGGAAAUACGUACCUCGCGCUAUCCUCGUCGAUCUGGAGCCAGGCACCAUGGACUCGGUACGGUCCGGCCCGUUCGGCCAUAUAUUCCGCCCCGACAAUUUCGUGUUCGGCCAAUCCGGGGCUGGGAACAAUUGGGCGAAGGGGCACUACACCGAGGGCGCGGAGCUGGUCGACUCGGUGCUGGACGUGGUGAGGAAGGAGGCGGAAAGCUGCGACUGCCUGCAAGGCUUUCAACUGACCCACUCGUUGGGCGGUGGCACCGGUUCCGGGAUGGGUACCCUCUUGAUCUCGAAAAUUCGCGAGGAAUAUCCGGACAGGAUAAUGACCACCUUCUCCGUGGUACCGUCACCCAAGGUGUCCGACACCGUGGUCGAGCCUUACAACGCGACCCUGUCCGUCCACCAGUUGGUCGAGAACACCGAUCAGGCUUACUGCAUCGACAACGAGGCCCUCUACGACAUCUGUUUCCGCACCUUGAAACUCUCCACACCGACUUACGGUGAUCUGAAUCAUCUCGUCUCGGCUACGAUGUCGGGCGUGACCACCUGCCUCCGAUUCCCCGGCCAAUUGAACGCCGAUCUGAGAAAGUUAGCCGUGAACAUGGUCCCGUUCCCGCGUCUGCACUUCUUCAUGCCGGGCUUCGCGCCGUUAACCUCGCGCGGCAGUCAACAGUACAGGGCGCUAACUGUCCCGGAGCUGACCCAACAAAUGUUCGACGCGAAGAACAUGAUGGCCGCCUGCGACCCGAGGCACGGACGUUAUCUCACCGUGGCCGCCGUGUUCCGCGGCAGAAUGUCGAUGAAGGAGGUGGACGAGCAAAUGCUCAACAUCCAGAACAAGAACAGCUCUUACUUCGUCGAGUGGAUCCCGAACAACGUGAAGACGGCCGUGUGCGACAUCCCGCCCCGCGGUUUGAAGAUGUCGGCCACGUUUAUCGGCAACUCGACAGCUAUUCAAGAGCUGUUCAAGAGAAUUUCCGAACAGUUCACCGCCAUGUUCAGGAGAAAGGCGUUCCUUCAUUGGUACACGGGCGAGGGUAUGGACGAGAUGGAGUUCACCGAGGCCGAAUCGAACAUGAACGAUCUGGUGUCCGAAUACCAACAAUACCAAGAAGCCACCGCCGAGGACGAGGGAGAAUUCGACGAGGAGGAAGAGACGGAGAAGUGAGGGACGGGUUUUAAUCCGUUACCCGUUUCGCGGCGGGCUCCUUCUUCCUGUUCUCUUGAUCCUCGACUUGCAAUCCGACCAACAACAUCCGCAAAAUCCACGUGAAGAGAUUCGCUCGGUCGAACCCUGCAAAAUAUAUAUAUAUAUAUAUAAAUGUAUGUACACUUUGGCGGACGAAACUUUUUAUCUUUGUAUCGUAUUUUUUUGACGAGCUGGUUUUUUGAUUUGUACAUUUGAUCUUUUUACAUUUGUUAUUUUCGAUGAAUUUUUACGUAUAUCUAGACACGCACACGCAUGCGCGCAUCUGCGCGCGCACGAAUACACACACUCAUGCGCGUGCCCACUCGCGCGCGCACACAGACAGACACACUCUCCUUCAAAAAAAUGCUCGCAUGAUACGUAAUAAUAUGAUAUAAAUAUAUUUACACAUACAUAUACACACGCGUGUAUACAUACCUUGUAAGUAAUUUAGAAAAUGUUGUAUUAUCUUUGUUGAACAUUUAAUAGAUAUUCUUUAUGGCAUAAUAA